UGUACGCGACCUGUAGACACUAAAAAAUACACAACGAAAGCUGGAAAACAAACGAAUAAAUCAAUUCACAACCGCCUUUAUUCUCCACCAUCGCUAACACACCAUCUCUAUCGCUCACUCAUGGCUAAAUCGGAGUCACCUAGCAUAUUCAGCUCCUCGGUAGUAGUCCUCAGCGCCGGGAUCGCGGCCUCGCUUUUCCUUGACGCAAGAGUCGUUAUUUUCGUAGGGGACGGUGACAACUUCCGGUUUUACCAUACCCCUGACGGGUUCCUCACGGGUUGGGGCUGGUUGUGCGUCAUGCCACCCAUUAACAAGCGAGGCUACGGCAAAGAGACCCUUAACGUCCGGCUAUGUGGUGUGGAUGCUCCCGAGAGGGCACACUGGGGAAACCCGGCUCAGCCGUUCUCAGAGGAAGUGUUGAUCUGGUUGCGCAGCUACCUCGUGGGCAGACGUAUGCGAAUCAAACCGUUGUCCAUAGAUCA